AUGACUCGGCCGAUGCAUGAAGACGCCGCCGCCUCUUUUUUACUGAAGACUAUGGAGCUGCUACUUUUGCUGUUGAUGUUCUCAUCAGUCGCAGCCGAGUGCCCGUACAAAUGCAGGUGCUACAAAGAAACGUCGAAACGGGUUGACUGCGGUUACGGGGAACUAUACCGGAUACCCGACCUCAUAUCUAUGGAUACCACAGUGCUGGACUUAAGAUUUAAUAAAAUCAGGGAUAUCGAACCGAAAUCAUUAACUUAUCUGACAGAGUUAAAUACCUUAGAUUUGAGCAACAAUAUAAUAAGUGAUCUGAAGAAUGGUGCAUUUGCAAACCUUUCGAAGCUUCGGACAUUAUACUUGGAUGAUAAUAAUAUCGAAAACAUUGAGACUAAGGUUUUUAAUAACUUAACGCUCUUGGAAGAAUUAUAUUUGCGCUCCAACAGUAUUCAUACGCUCGAUUCGAAAAUGUUUAAAGGACUUACAAAACUGAAAGCACUGUCUUUGAACUACAAUAUGAUAAGUAAUAUUCCACCUGGGAUAUUCGAUUCAUUAACGUCGUUGCGUAAAUUAUGGAUUAACUAUAACCAGAUAAAGUGCGAUUGCUAUACUCUAAUGUUUGUAAACAUGCUGAAGAAAAGUCAACCCCCUCGAGAUGUACUCAAAGGUACCACCCUGUUGUGUUCUUAUCCCGGAGAAAGGGGUUUGAAAUCGUUAGUGGAAUUGACCGAAAACGAUUUGCGUUGCACGUCUCCGGAUGUAAUCGAGGUACCAGAGAACAAGACGGUGUUGGUCGGUGACCAGUUACAACUAUCGUGCAAAGCUGUAGGAAACCCGGAACCUUUUAUAACGUGGGCCAAAGACGACAUCGAUCUAGAACCUGGCCAAAGAUUUCAGGUAUUUCAAGACAAUACAUUGAUUAUAUCUAAAGUGGAAAUAACAGACGGCGGUCAAUAUAAGUGCGUGGCGUCCAAUUCUCUUGGACGAAAAUCUUUCGAGGCGAUGGUUAACGUAAACGGUAAUAUCAAUAUAUCAUGUAUAUUACAAUGA